AUGGCGACUGGAUCCGCGAAUCCGCGAGGCAUCGAGCAUUGCACUCAUGGAGAGGCUGUCUUGAGAAGUACACAAAACGGUACAAUUGAUAGCAUUCUCCAUCGACAAACAGGCCGAAAAUGGUCGAUCCACAUGACCCUGGUCGAGAGCGAAUGCCAGGCCGGCCGGUUUAAAGAAAACAUCUACAAGGACUGCUAUAUAUUGGGCAGUGAGCACGACCCGGCAACAUUCGACUUGUUUGUUCAGUGGCUGUAUACCCGCAGGUAUCAAGAGAAACAAGGACUGGUGGUGUCUUUGGCAUAUCGAAGCUCUCUAGGAUCACCGAAGUCUGAUUCGGAGAGCAUGGAUCUUGAGGGCUGGUUUUUCGGUAUGAUGGACUGGACCGUCAAAGCAGCGAUCCUGUGCUGGCAGCUCGGCGCUAGCCUGGGUGCGAAGGGAUUCCAGAACUACGCCAUGGAGCGCCUCUUCGAAGCCCUCUCACGUCCACUCUUACAGCCACUGACGGCCAACUUGAUCCUACGCACCUGCGACGUCGAAAAGGUGGGGGCUGUCCACGGUACGUCGCCGCUGCAGAGGCUGAUACAAGACGUCAUCGUUCGUAACUGGGGCGAUGAUACUAUUGUCCAACACGGGGACCAGGAACAAUGGUCGGACACGCUCGAGGCUUGUCACUUUUUCCGCAUGAACUUUAUCGAAGCGACGAGACAGUCACUUGAGAGGAGGCGGGAGCACCAGAUGAGCUUGGCGGAUUAUCUCAUUCGUUAG